AUGGGUAGGGGUAACCCACCUGGGUCACAGUCACUACAAACAAAGCUCUCACAGAUUUCGAAGUUCAACUUUGAGAAGCCCACCAUAUCUCCAUCCACCACAAUGUUCAGCAAGCGUGUUACAAAACUGACAGAAAAGGCAGCACAGGCUCUUGCAGAGGGUGGCCAAAAGCUGAAAUGGAAGAUUAGUGCAAGUAGCCAAGAACUUUCGCAGGGCAAAAAACAAAAGAAAAAACCUUCAGCAUUGAAGAACAAUCCUUCGACAUCUGAAGAAUCAGUCGCUACAAACCCCACUUCUCACACUGAGGAGGACAAUACCUCUUCCAAUGCUAUCAUUGUUGACUCAUCAUCCAACACAAGUACUGAAGCAGACAUAUCAGAUGCUGAGGCAUCAGAUGACGAGCUCAGCAAGUCAUUUAUCCCUGUAUAA